CGCUCAUGCUAUCAUCUACAUGGCAGCUACCGCUAGGCUUAGUCGCCUGCAUACCCCUCUCGAUAGCCUCGGCUGUGGUCUACUACCUGUUUCUCGUGCCUCGCCUAAGCUCGCUCCGGGUGCUGGCUGGUCCCCCUGUCCGAAGGCUAUUUGACAAUCAUAUGUCGCUGGUUCUCGAUCCCUUUCGAUCACCAAAGGCCCAUGACAUCUUCGUGAACAAGUUUGGUCGUGCUGUUAGGAUAAGAGGGCUAGGACCCUGGGAUGACCGCCUGCUACCCCUCGACCCUUUGUCGAUCGCCCACGUCCUGAAGAACACCACGAUAUACGAGAAACCUUGGCAAUCCCGACGGCUUAUCACAAGUCUCAUUGGCUGCGGCAUGCUCGCAGCUGAAGGAGCCGUGCACAAGCGUCAACGUCGUGUCGCAACUCCUUCUUUCUCUAUCCAGAACCUUCGGGCCCUCGUACCCCUGGUGUUUCGAAAAGGGAACGAACUCAAAGAGAAAUGGGAUAAAAUGCUUCACGACUCCGCAUUGUCUCCUUCAGUGCAUAGAGAGGAUGCAUCCGAGGGCAUGGAAAUAGAUGUCUGUCAUUGGAUAAGCAGAGCGACAUUCGAUGUCAUUGGGCUAGCAGGGUUUGGUUAUCACUUCAACGCCAUCCAGAAUGAAUCCGAUGAGCUCUUCUCCGCAUACAAGGAGAUGUUCGAAAUUUCUGUCUCGCAAAGCCAGUCUUUCCGUGUCAUUCUCGGCAUUUAUUCGCCAUUCCUGAAUAACCUAUUUCCCGACAAACGCGCGAGCACAAUUAUGAAAUGUCAAGACGUUAUCGAACGCGUAGCGGGCAAAUUAAUUCAGCAGAAGAAAGAGAAGAUUUUGGAGGGAGAGAAGUUGGGAUCGAGUUACGCCGGGAAUGACUUACUCAGUUUGAUGCUAAAAUCGAACGUCGCAACAGACCUCUCCCCCGACCAACGACUAUCCGACGAAGAUGUGCUACAUAACAUCAAUACCUUCAUGUUCGCCGGCUCAGACACCACCUCCCUCGCAUUGACUUGGACUCUCCUCCUCUUGGCUCGUAACCCGAAUCUGCAGUCCCGGUUGCGUUCAGAGCUCCUCGCCGUCGUCCCACCAACACCAGAAUCCCAGCUCUCCUCAGAAGAGAUCGAGUCGCUGCACAAUACGCUCGCAAGUUUGCCUUUCCUGGACAACAUCUGCAAAGAAUCACUACGAUUAAUCCCGCCUGUCCAUUCUUCCCUGCGAGUUGCAAUGCAAGAUGACGAGGUCCCGGUCUCGCACCCUGUCCGCCUUCGCGAUGGGUCGAUAUCGGAGCAAAAAUCUUUCCACGUAUCGAAAGGGACAUUCGUGCACGUCCCCAUCGAAGCAUUCAACCUCGAUAAGGGGAUGUGGGGUGAGGACGCUUGGGAAUUUAACCCAGAUCGAUGGGAUAAUUUACCCGAGGCCGCGCGAAACCUCCCUGGAUUGUACAAUAAUCUACUUACAUUCUCGGCCGGUCCGAGGUCCUGCAUCGGAAUGCGUUUCUCCAUGAUCGAGAUGAAAACGUUUCUGUACACCCUCCUCACCAACUUUUCGUUUUCCGAAACUAACCAGCGCAUAUACAAAGCCAAUGUAGUUCUAACGCGUCCCUAUGUAUCCGGAAAAUUCAAGAUGGGAAGCCAGUGCCCCCUUAUAGUGAAGCGGCUCAGCCGUGAAGACCCGCGAGGACCAUAG